AUGACCUGCGGGACGCCGUACGGUGACCUAUAUGUUUUGGAUGCCUUCAUGCCGUCAUAUAAUCGCAUAGACAUGGGCAGGAUACGGCGGUCAGUUACCGGCAUGGCAGUUGGAGGCUUAGAAUCGCGGAAGGAACAAUCCGACAUGACCUGUACGGCAUCAUAUAGGCGUAGCCAUCACACAGCCAAACAGCUCACCGUGGAGCGAUACAGCAAGCUAUUCAAAAGCGGAAUAACAUGCAUAGAGUUCCACCCUAGGCUGCCCUCCCUCAGCGCUGUAGGGCUUGACGACGGUUCGGUCCACCUGCUGUUCAUUGAGGGUGAAAAUUUGGUGGUAAAAAAGACCCUUCGUCUCUUAACUUUCAACCAGCCAGUUGAACAGAUAGAGUGGUUAUUAGUGAAGGGUGAGAAAACGGAAGGCAAGGCGAAUGCACGCUCAACCUCCUUUGUCGACCGCAUCUGGAGGAUACUAUCACGAGCAGCGUACCACUCACUUUUAAUUGGGAGGGCGAACAAACACGUGAAGUUCGUGCGUGUCGAAAGGAAUCCGCGUGUUUUCAACUUUUUCUCCAGUGUGGUUGAAAAACCAGACCGCGCCGAAAAGGAUUGUGACAGUAAGGGCAUGCAACCGUCCAAUGCUCAGGCUGACAGGAAAGCCGGAAAACGGCAAUCCAAUAAAAUGGCAGAGAGUGACGAGGCUGUAAAAUGCGAAACGGACGGCGAAUUAGUGUUGAUAUCGGUCGUUAAGUGGCCUCAACCGGGGUACUUCGAGGAGGAGCUGGAGUACCCAACGUUGACCAACUUUUGCCUGGUGCAGGAAUCGCUCGGUGUAGUAACUCACCACACAAAUGGCGUCUAUAUGCAAAUAUACACGCCGACAGAGGUUGAUUCCAAUAUAAAGUUUGUAAAAUUUGAAAAACAAAUAUGUUUGCGCAUAGAGGGUUUUCCUACCGCUAUCCAAAUCAGCCCCAAGCAGUACAACCAGAUGCGUCGGUACCUCGACACAAAUAAUGCCCAUAUGUUCACUCUCAACGGAGAGAAGUGCCUGAAUGCGCUUGGUGAGUUUAUCGCAAUAGGAUCAGACAACGGAUCUGUUUACGUCACCUCAAUGCUACACAUAUACAACAGAGCCCGUGCCUCCAUGAUUGAGGCUACGGGUAAAACGAACAUCGCAAAUGCCAACAACACAGACGCAACGGAAAACCCAUCGAAUACAGUAACAACCACCGCUCAGAAUCAGGAUGCUGGUUGCCACUCAUGCGAUGAGGAGCACAAGGUAGCAGAUGUGACCGUAUGCGACCGGGACGACCACUCGUCACUUGCAAAUGGCAAUGAGAACGACAGGUAUUACGACGUUGAGCUUGCAUCCCUUAACGUCGGGGGCGCCUUGAAAUGCCUUAGGUGGGGACUCAUAUGGAACGACUACGUGCGCCAACCCCAUCUUGUUGCACCCGAUCGGUGCUGCUGCUCAGACGACAUCCGAUUCUUCCUCACGGCACAUACAAGGGAACAUGUAGAGAUCCUCCAGCUCGCUAAACGCGACGGCACGUUGAGUCUGGAAAGCAGUGGGCUUAUCGACCUACAAGGGUCCACAGUGCACUGGGUUGAGGACACCAUACCUAACGACAUGACUCUGAUGAUCGCCACCAAAAACGGCCUAGAGCGGUUCACAUGGGAGCGUCCCCACCGCACAAGCACCCAACUAAGUGUAGUCAACGAAUUACAAACCAGUAUAUAA